UUAUAUGCAGUGACAGAGUAAACAGUAGCAACAGUUGACGCAGAGCAGAAGGAGCAGAACAUGUUGGGACUUAUUCUGGAUCUGAUGGAGUCUCUGCUCAGAUUUCCCUUCUGGACCUCCACCUUCUGCCUCUACCUGUCCUGGACUCAGGUUCAAGGUAACUAUCAGCUAAUUGGUUCAUCCGAGCCAAUCAUAGCGGCUCCUGGAGAUGAUGUCAUCCUUCCAUGUCGGGUGGAUCCUGACUGGAACGCCCGAGAGAAGACGGUGGAGUGGUCCAGACCGGACCUGAAGGCCUCAGGCCCACAGAAGCGUGUGGAGUACGUUUACGUGCACCGGUUCAGGAAGAUGGACAGAGACAUGAUGAUGGAGACGUACAUCCAGAGGACGUCUCUGUCAGAAGGACUGAGACAUGGAGACGUGUCUCUGAGGAUCCACAACGUGAGCUUGGAGGAUAACGGGAGGUUCAGGUGUUUCAUCCCAAACCUGAGCAUAGAAGCAGAGGUUCUGCUGGUUGUUGACCCAGACUUUGUUAAAAUGACGACAGCAGAGACGGUUCCUCAGAGAACCAGUCCAGCCCCAGAGGAAGAGACCAUCAGAACCGGUCGGCGCAACAGGCUGCUGCUCUGUUUACCUGCUGCUGUUUUCUUCUUCUUCUUCUUGGUUGGUUUCCUGUGUUACUUUAGAAAGUUCCCUAAAAACAGCAAGUUCUGUCCUCUGCAGCAGAUCUGUGUUCAUGCAGACAGGAACUCUGCAGAAAGGGAUUCAAACCAGCAGCUUAACCCUCCUGGAGAAGAUCUUCAUCCUCUUCCUCAGUCUGAUUCUGGAUCCUCCUCUAACUGCAGUCCUGGACCUUCAGAGAGAAAACUAGAAUGGAGCGGAAGACUCGGAGAUCUUCUGGUACCUCCUCAGGUUCUGUUCAGCCUCAGGAAGAGCUAGAGCAGAGAGUUCAUGGUUCUUUAUUUCUGGGAGGAAAACCUGAGCUGAUUUCUCCUUAAUGCCUCAUGGAUUCUGCUUGGAACACAAACUGCUGGAGAACUUUAGAAGCUGGAGCUCCUGUUCUGGAUGGACUCAGCCUUCGUACUGUUUGUCAGAACGGUUUAUUUAUCCUCUAAUUUGAUCCGGAAUCAUGUUUAUCUUUAAUUUUUUUUUCACUCAGUGUUUUAAAUUUCCUGUUUAGAACCAGGAUGGUGUUUUAGACUCGACAUUAAGGCGCCUGAAACCUUUAGAGGAGCAGGUCUGUAGAUCAGACGCUGCUCUGAUGCUACAAUAGCAUUACAUUUACUUACAAACAGUAAUAGUUUCUUAAUAUUUUAUUUAUUAACAGUAGAUAUUUGAACAGUGAGGGAUGCUGGUAGAACUUGAAUAUAAAAGUCAUCUGAUAUAGAAUGACUUUUAAAACAUAAAAUAGAAUAAGCUAAGCUUGUAUUUAAAAAUAUAAAAAUGAUGUUGAGUAUUUAGAAAGACUAGAGAAGGUUUAUGGAAAUUAUUAGGAAAAGAUACGACACAUAAAAGAACAAUCCUCACAACUUAAACCACUUGUUUAGUUUUCACAUGUUUUCUAGAAAUAUUUGAUGCUUAAUUACUGAUUUUUCAGACAUUAUGAUAAAGCUCUAUAAUGUCUGAGAGUGUUUGUUGUUCAAGCUGAACCUCAUUAGGUGAAUAUUUAACAUUAACUUCAGAUCAUUCCUUCCUGUAGGUUGGGUGGAAAUAUUUUUCCCAGUGAGGCGUUUAUGUGUCAGUAGGAAAAUGUAGAUUUCCAUUAAGCACAAUGACUCAUGGGAUCCUCCACAGAUGUUUAUAUUUCAUUGUUAAUCAUGUCUGCUGUAUUUGGUUGAUGUGG